AAAAAUCUAAUAAAAAGUCGAAGAAAAGGAUGACUUCUUCUGAUGAAUCCGAUGUUCUAAGCCUUGGAUCUGAUUUCGAUUCAUCGGAUUCUGACAGCAAAUCAAAGAAGAAAACAAUAAAUAAAUCCAAGAAUCGGAACACAGAAUCUGAUGUUAUAAGUCUUGGAUCUGAUUUUGAUUCAUCGGAUUCUGAAAGCAAACCAAAGAAAAAGCCAAUAAAUAAGUCGAAGAAUCGGAACACAGAAUCUGAUUCCGAAGUGUCAAACACUGAUUCUAAAGCAAAAGCGGAAAUUUCGACGCCGAAGAAUAAACAGAGCAAUUGGUUGACACAGAGAUCAGAGAAACUCAGUUCCGCGAAACCGACGAAUUCAAAGGCAAAGAGCAGUUCGUUAUCCACUCCUAAAUCUAGUGCUAAGAAACUCAACAAAAGUGUUAUGUCUGUCGGCGAAGAGUCUUUCGUGUCAGUUGUCGACUACACCAACGAACAGAGCGGCGCCAAAGAGUGGACGCACUAUAGCUACGAGUUUCUGAAGCCAGAGAAACUAAAGGACAAAAAGGGAAGAUUUAGACUAUUGAACGGCGAAGUGAAUCCCGAAUACGACGCGACCACUCUGUCAGUGCCCGAGAGCUUUCUAAACAAUUGUACGCCAGCGUUGAAGCAGUGGUGGGUAUUUAAGUGUCAACAUUACGAUGUGGUGCUGUUCUUCAAAGUGGGCAAAUUCUACGAACUCUAUCACAUGGACGCCGUUUUAGCCGUGAAUGAGCUGAAGAUUGUGUACAUGAGGGGCGACUCAGCGCACGCCGGCUUUCCCGAGAAGGCCUUCAAACGCUACGCCGAUGUACUCAUACAGAAGGGCUAUAAAGUGGCCCGAAUUGAACAAACGGAGACACCGGCGAUGAUGGAGGACAGGGUUAAGGCAUCUGCUAAAAAGUCAACUAAAUUUGAUAGAGUAGUCAAUAGAGAGGUGUGUCGAGUGGCCUCUAUUGGCACCCGAAUGGCGUCUGUAAUCGACGCCGAUAUGCUCUCCGAUCAAAACUCGUAUUUGUUG